CGUGCAUCAGUACUGGUCGGUCAUACAGGUGCAGUCACUACCGCCGAUGGCAUCUACCUUUCUGGCGACAGCGACAAUUCCCCUAUCACUGUUGUAUCUGCUGCGGCAGACUCUACCAUCCGGACAUGGCUGGUGAUGCCAGAUAACGAGCCAAAGUGCACACAGGUCAUAGACUUAAAACAUGGCUUUGCACUGGACGUGAAGCUGACCUUCCUUCCAAGCUUAAAUGUUCCUGUUUUUGCGUACGGAGGAGAUGACAUGUUGGUACAUAUGUACGCAAGAAAUCCAACUGGUGAAUUCUGCAAAUGUCACACGUUUCAAGGACACGAGGACUGGGUCAGGGGCAUCGACUUUGUGACGUACGAAAACAAGCAUGUGCUAUUGGCAUCCUGUGGCCAAGAUGGCUUAGUCAGAGUGUGGAAAGUGUCUCCAGCUGCCUCUGAUGCUCAUGCUAAAAAUGACAAAGUUGGCACAGAGAACGAGGUGAAAGUGAAGGAAAGCCUACUUACUGUGCAUACAGAAGGAGAAACACAGUCAUUUUCCGUUACACUGGAGACAGUACUUGCCGGUCAUGAGAACUGGGUGUACAGUGUCCGUUGGCACCCAAGAACUGUGCAAGGCAAUGGUACGUACAGCCUGUUGUCUGCAUCGAUAGAUAAGACACUGAUACUUUGGGAACCUGACGAGUCGUCCGGGCUGUGGAUUGACAAGGUUAGACUCGGAGAAGUAGGAGGCAACAGCCUUGGGUUCUACGGAGCAGUGUUGUCACCAGAUGGCAGAACAAUAUUUGGUCAUGGCUUUCAAGGAGCAUUUCACGCAUGGAAGUUACAGACUGCAGGAAAUGAACAGGGGGCUUCUUCAUGGCAACCUAUGGUUACAAUGGGUGGCCACUUUGAUGAGGUUAGGGAUAUAGCCUGGGAUCCCAAAGGUGCUUACCUGUUGUCUUGCAGCAAAGAUCAGACCACAAGACUCCAUGCACCUUGGGUUACUGUCAACGGCAAAUCCUGGAAGGAAGUUGCAAGGCCUCAAGUUCAUGGCUACGACAUGAAUUGCAUAGCAGUGGUCGAUAGCCUCCAUUUCGUGUCCGGAGCAGAAGAAAAAGUGCUGAGAGCUUUUGAAGGAACCCAGAAUUUUGUUGACAACUUUAACAGGAUAUGCAAGGUUGAUUUGAACCUGAAGCAGAAGUGCAAGGAAUUGGCAGAGGGUGCAAGUGUACCCUCCUUGGGACUUUCUAACAAAGCCGUAUUCAAAAAGGACCUGAUCAAUACACCGAGCAAUGAGGAAGAAAAGCAUCCAAAGGACCAGUACCCAGAAUUUUACUUUGUCGCAGUGGACCUAACUGAACCCCCAACAGAAGAAAACCUCCUUCAGAACACACUGUGGACAGAGGAACAGAAGUUGUACGGACAUGGUUAUGAACUGUUCACAGUUGCUGUAAGCCAUGACUGUGCACUACUAGCAUCCGCCUGUAAAGCAAGCAAUCAACAGCAUGCUGGAGUUUUUCUGUGGGAUACAGCUACAUGGAAAUUGAUAGGGAAAUUGGUGUUUCACAACUUGACAAUUACGCAAAUGGCGUUCUCUCCCGAUGACAAUUACUUACUUACUGUGUCAAGGGACAGAUCUUGGUGUGUUUACCAGAGGAAUACAUCUGACAACAGCUUUUCCAGCAUAGCACAUUCGGAUAAAACAAAUGCGAUCCAUCAGAGGAUAAUAUGGAGUUGUAGUUGGUCCCAUGAUAGUCAGCACUUUGCUACGGCGUCGCGCGACAAAAAGGUGGUCGUCUGGGGCAAACACGACGCACACGCAAAGGGCAGCCUUGGUCCUUUCGAAAGCAGGCUAGAACUGGACACAGAAGAUUCAGCUACAGCCGUUGAUUUUGCUCCAUGCCUUACUGGGUCAAAAAGCUACGUUAUCGCUGUUGGAUUGGACAAUGGAAGCAUUUUCCUUUAUCAGUGGAACGAGAGUUCAUGUACAGUGUGUGCCACGCUUAGAGCCACUCAUGCACACCACUUAACUGUGAAGAGGCUAAAGUUCUCACCAUGCAUCGAUCUAGCAAAUGAAGACGAAAUUAAUUCUCGGAAGAUAUUCCACUUGGCAAGCUCUGGAGAUGACCACUUUGUGUGUGUGUACAGCAUAUCAGAAUGAACUUUUGCAGAUUAUUAAGUCGUCUAAAAAGAUAAAGUGGCUUUAUUUUCAGUCAACA